AUGGCUGGUGAUGAAGAAGUCGCGCGGGUCAAGCGGUUGAAACGUAGUUGUGAAGUCAAACGCAAGAGUUACGUCAAUAAAAUACGUGCAGUCCAUAGUGUGGCCGUUCGGAGUGCGGAGGACACGUCUGUGGUACCCCAGCUAUUGGUAAUGGUUGAAUCCCUCGAUCACUUGUUGUCGUCCUUUACCAUCGAAGAUGAAGCAUUGUUGAAUUAUUUGUUGGAUUUAGAGCUUGACAAUGAAUAUCCCGACACGGAGGGCGUCGAGAUGUUCAAAUUGGUCUCGUUUUCAAAAGCAACCGCCCAUCGUUUUAUGCAAUACUGCCCCGACCAAAUAACAACGUCUACACACGGCGGUUCACAGGUGUCAUUAAACGAUGUCGGCCAGAAUGUCCAAAAGUCAGACGAACAAGUGAUUACCGACAAUGUUGCCAUAGAUGUGAGCCCAGGUGCCGUCCAAUCAACUAAAGCAGGUUCUGUGAGGUCUAGUGGUGGUCAAGUCAUCAAACCUACCCGCUUACCUGAGAUACCACUGCCCACGUUCGAGGGCGACAUUUAUGAGUGGGUUACAUUUCGUGAUCGAUUCACAACAUCGGUGGACAAUCGAACAUAUUUAUCCGAUAUCGAUAAGUUCUACUACUUGGUUGGGUGUUGCAAGGGGGCUGCUCGAGAUGCUAUUCGAGGCAUUCCGGUAUCAGACCACAAUUACAGGCUGGCGUGGUCCACUCUCGAGGAAAGAUUUGACAAACCCCGUCUGGUGGCACGCUCACUAAUCGAGAAACUGUUAAACGCACCACGAGCUCCUUCAGAAAAUUUAGUUGAGUUAAACAAAUUGUUAGUGGUAUUCGAUGAAGGCGUAUCGUUGCUCGAGUCCCUGCAUCUACCAGAUUUAGGCGAUUUUAUAUUAUUCUCCAUAGCCGCUCGAUGCUUGCCUACCUAUAGCAUCAAGUUAUUCGAAGCCCAACUAGCCAACGGGUUUCCUACGGUACAAGAGUUGUUGAAGUUUGUAAAAUCUCGUGUGGCCAUAUUAGAAUGCAUUCCACCAGAGCCUACAUCAAAACAAUCAAACUCUCACAAAUCUACUAAGACUGCAUCUCAUAAUGCGAGGAAGCCGCCACUGCAUACCUCUAUGGUUACAAGCAGCAACCCGUCAAAGGUAUCACCGUCUUGCAAAUGUUGUACAGGUACUCAUGGUCUAACGUCAUGCCCAAAGUUCAAGGGUUGGACGCAAGAAAAUCGUAACAAUUGGGCGCGAGUCAAUAAGAUUUGUUUUCGAUGCCUACGUACAGGACACUGGGUGACCAAGUGCAAGUCUUCAAAUGUAUGCGGUCAAUGCUCCCGAAGGCAUCACUCGCUUCUGCAUUCAGCUGGAUUUGCUGCUCCGUCCAAAGAAGAGAAUUCAUCGGAUGAGGGGCAACCAGACGUUGCCACCACAUCGUCAUGUCUUGGCCAAAAUACUUCACCGUCGGUCAUUCUCGGUACAGCUCUCAUACACAUGUCUGACAACGUUGGCGUGUUGCAUACGGUCCGGGCGCUCAUUGAUUCAGCCUCACAAAUUAGUGCUAUUACUUCGGAGUGCACGAAUCGUUUGGGACUCCGGAUGCAAAAGUGGACAUUACCUGUAUCCGGUAUCGGUGGUGUUCAGGUACAAAACGUUUUGGGGUUAGUGCGCUGUCAAGUACAACCAAGAUUUUCACCAGAUCCCGUCUUCAAUUUUGAUGCGUGGGUGUUUCCGACGAUUACGGCUGAUAUGCCACGACAACCGCUAUCCCGUUCGAUAGCAGAUAAAUAUCAGCAUCUUGCCCUAGCGGAUCCCUCAUUUAUUAACCCUGGUACCAUCGAUGUUUUAUUAGGCGCAGACCUGUUUGCCCAAAUUCUAAAUGGAAAACGUGUGUCUGUAGGCGAUGCUUUUCCGACAGCAUUCGGAACGGUAUUUGGAUGGACGAUCAUCGGGCCGGUUUCAAAUUCAACGUCCAAUAUUUCUGUGUCUUGCCAUACAUCACUUACUACUUCUGUCGAAACGCUGCUAGAGAAGUUCUGGGCGCUCGAAGAACCCGACGCGGCACCAGAACAGUUUACGCAGGAGGGGCAGUGUGAAGCAAUAUUUCGUGAUGGCUGUACCCGCGAUAAUUCUGGUCGCUUUUGUGUACCGCUCUUGUUCCGCCAAGCAAUUUCUGUUGACACUUUCCGUGGCUCACGCGCCGUAGCUGAGAAGCGCUUCGAGCACUUGGAGAAGAAAUUAGCCACUAACCCUCGUCUCCGAAGUUUAUAUUGUGAUUUCAUGUCUGAGUAUUUGACGUUGGGACACAUGUCUCCAGCCAAGUCCAAUGGGGAUUACUACAUCCCACACCAUGCCGUCUAUCGCCCUACCGAUAAAGACCCGAAAAUACGAGUAGUGUUCGAUGCUUCCGCGACAUCGUAUUCCGGCGUUUCUUUGAAUGAUUGCUUGCUUCCGGGAUCGAAGUUACAGCGCGAUGUUGUGGACGUCCUAUUAUUGUAUCGGGUUCACCGAUUUGCCUUCACAACUGAUAUAAGCAAGAUGUACCGUCAGGUAUCUGUAUCUCCGUCGCAUCGACGGUACCAACAUAUUUUGUGGAGAUCAUCGCCCGAUCGAAUGUUGCAAGCUUAUGAACUCAACACUGUGACUUACGGCGUCAACUGUGCCCCCUACCUCGCGAUCAAGGUGUUGCGGUCUAUUGCUGAGCAGGAUUGUAGUGACCUUCCAUUCGUAAAGGAAGCUUUAUUAUAUCAGACAUACGUGGAUGACAUCUGCGCAGGCGGCGACACGUUGGACGAGGCCCUCUCCCUUCAAGAUGGUCUUAUUCGAGUUUUACAUUGUGCUGGCAUGGAGUUGAAAAAAUGGGCCAGUAAUACGCCCGUCCUACUUGAUAAGAUCCCCUCCGAGGACAGAACGUGCGAACCACUAUCGCUCGAUGAUUCUACUGGCACAGGGACGAAGGUAUUGGGUUUACAAUGGUCCCAUCAAGAUGACGCCUUUAUGUAUAUUUUUCAACCCGAACGACACGUCUGCACGAAACGCGGUAUGUUGUCCUUGAUAGCGCGAAUGUUCGAUCCACUCGGACUCUUAUCACCUGUCACAUUCUUUGCAAAAACAUUAAUGCAACGUGUAUGGAAAGCUGGGCUGUCAUGGGAUGAACAGCUGCCUUCAGAUAUCGCGGAGAUCUGGUGCAGUUUCGUUACCGAUUUAUCCAAUCUGCAAUGUGUCCGCAUCCCUCGAUUUAUAGGCACACGCCGAGACAUGCAGUGUUCAAUAUGUGGGUUUUGUGAUGCGUCGUCAACCGGAUACGCUGCUGUGGUGUACCUUAGGGCAAUUGAUUCGUCGGGUAACCCUAUCGUCUCGUUGCUUGGAGCACGAUCGAAAAUUGCACCUGUGAAAUCAACAACCAUUCCGCGAUUGGAAUUAUGUGCAGCACUUUUGCUCGCUCGCUGGUUGGCCCGUCUUUCAGCCACGCUGAGCCUAAAAUUACACCUCACAGAUGUCCAUGCCUGGUCAGACUCUACAACGGUGUUAAGUUGGCUAAAAUGUCCGCAUGAGUCAUUUAAAAUAUUCGUCUCAAAUAGAAUUUACAAAAUUCACUCGUUGGUACCCACGUGUCAGUGGCAUUAUAUAGAAUCAGCCACUAACCCUGCUGAUUGUGGUUCACGAGGACUUACUCCGUCGGAUUUCAUUAAACAUGAUCUCUAUUUCAACGGUCCUCCAUGCCUGUCUCUGCCACCUCAACAAUGGGACCAGUAUAUCCCAAUUAAUACAGCUGAUCAACUGCCUGAAUUUAAGAUUGAAUCUACGAAGGUUAUGGUCAUACAAGAAGAGGAAUCUGAGUGGUUUGAGCGUUUUUCUUCUUAUGUACAAGCGAUCCGAACCACUGCUCGUAUACUUAGGUUCGUCGCGCGUUGUAGGAAACAACCGGUUGAACAUGGGUAUUUAUCCCGCAAGGAGCUCGACCAAGCAGCGCUUCUGAUUGCACGGUCUUCGCAACGUUUUCACUUCAGUACGUUGAUUCAGGAGUUGUCGCAGGGGGGUGCUGCCUCUAUGCGAUUAUUAGCACGUCUGCGUCCGUUCCUCGAUAAUGAGAAUAUAGUACGCGUUGGCGGUCGGUUAUCUAGGUCAGAUUUGUCUGAUGACCAGAAACAUCCUAUACUGCUGGCAAAGACAUCACACUUCUCUAUUCUAUUAAUUCGGCAUUGGCAUGACCUCACAGGUCACAGUGGUCCACAAAUCGUUUCAUCGUUGGUUUGUCGUCAAUAUUGGAUACUAUCAGUCCGCACAUUGAUCCGUACGAUCAUUAGCCGUUGCAUCACGUGCGUACGCAUCACGGCCAAAAACCCUCAGCCAGUGAUGGCGGAUCUACCAUCUUCACGUGUGACGGAAUGCCAUCCGUUUGCGAGGGUUGGAGUAGAUUAUGCAGGUCCAUUUUCAGUCAAAGAGAACCGACUUCGAAAGCCGCGUCAGUACAAAAUGUAUCUUGCCGUUUUUGUGUGUUUCACAGUACGCGCUGUCCAUUUAGAAUAUGUAUCCGACUUGAGCACCGGGGCUUUUAUAGCUGCGUUACACAGGUUUGUGGCACGCCGAGGUCUGCCCACCGAUGUUUACAGUGAUUGCGGCACAAAUUUUGUUGGAGCAAACAAUUUACUUCGUGCUCUUGUUAAUGAUCCAUCGUGUCGUGACCAACUAACAGCUAGUGUCCAUUGUACGUGGCAUUUCAACCCUCCAGGUGCCCCUCAUUUCGGUGGGCUCUGGGAGGCAGCAGUUCGCUCAUCCAAAACAUUGUUAUUGCGCAUUCUGGGGGAGCACACUUUCACCAUCGAAGAGUUUGGCACGGUAUUGUCUAGGUGUGAAGCCAUUUUGAAUUCUCGGCCAAUCACUCCUGCUUCGUCCGAUCCUGCUGAACUUGACUGUCUAACUCCGGGGCACUUCCUAAUAGGCAGACCGUUACUUGCCGUUCCUGAAGCAGACAUUCCAAACACAACUCGGACCUUGGAACAGCGGUGGAAGUUGGUCAGCCAAUGUGUUCAAGCGUUUUGGCGUCGGUGGCGCAAUGAAUACCUCCAAACUCUCCAGAUUCGCAGUCGGUGGACCAGUGACGCUCCAAAUAUAUCGGUUGAUGAUAUGGUCGUAAUAAAAGACGCCAACACUCCGCCGUUGAAAUGGCGUAUGGGUCGCGUGAUAGAGGUAUUACCAGGCUCCGACAAGGUUGUCCGAGUCGUCCGGCUCCGAACUGCUACGGGUAUCGUGACCCGUCCGGUAGUAAAAGUGGUUAAGCUUAUUAGCCAUCCCUAG